AUGGCCACCAUCACGCGUCAGCCGUUCGGCGAGAUUGGCUCCUCUCGCCUGCAGGUACUCCAAAGCGCGAAGAACAGGCAGAAUGCCAUUACCAACUUUGCGUCCCCUUCGAGCUUGAAGUCAGUUGUCACUCCAUCUACGGGCAAGCGUCAACGCGCGCCCGAGAUCUUCGAAGAUGCCGAUUCCGAGAAUGUGGACCCCAUCGCCUCCACCCCGACCAAAAGAUCCAAGACGGCCAGCAGCCACGAUGCCGGAUUCGUGAAGCCAUCCAAGUUUUCAAUCUUCACCUCCCCCGUCAAGCCCAGCGUCAGCCACAGUGCUACGCCAUCCGUCCCGUCUUCUCGAAAAGCACUAUCAUCGCCCAAUACGGCAAAGUCGACGCCCAUCACCAACAGCCGUGGUUCACCAAAGAACAAGCGUCUCCAUGCAAUUUCCAAGCGACGCGCCUCCAGCUCGCCAUUUCGUCGCGUCGACCCUCCUUCCUUCUCACAGAGCAGCCCCAGCCUGCCCUUUUCCAUCGACGCGGCACUCAGCGGCUCAAUCUCAACCUACACGCCCAAGGCUCCCACCGUAGCAGCCACGCCUGUCUCGGCACCCGCCCCACAAAUCAGCGCUCUCGACGAGACCAUGCCUAAAGGAUGGUUCUUCGAGAUCCACGAGGAUACCCCUGAGCAGGAGGCCGCAAACCUGAUGGAGCACUCCGCCUCUGUGCUUGACAUCAGCUCCGAAGACGACGCCGAGACCAAGAACCGCAACGAGGACCGUGGCAAGGAGAACAUUCCCCCCCCAGACUUCCUCGCUUCCCAGCCCCGCAACCAGGUGUCUGCCCUCGAUGACGGAUACGAGACUGAGAUCCUUGCCGAUGUGCCCGUCAAGCGUCUUCGUCUGCGCAAGCUGGUACAGGAUGCUAUGGAUGAGGACCGCAAGCCGCUGGGUGAUCUUGCCCCGGCCGAAUUCUACGGCGAGGGCUGCGACGCCACCUCCUACGUCACCGUCGAUGCUGGGAUCGAGAAGCCGUCGAGCUUGUCAAGGGAGAUUGGUGUCGACUCUGCACCUGUUGAGGAGAAGAAGAAGAAGAGCAAGAAGAGCAACUCUGAGGGCCCUGCCGCUGUCUCAAGGAAAGAACAAAAGGUCGAGCGUCCAACACAGCAAGUCGCCGUCUAA